AUGGAGGUGAUCAGAGGUAAUACCCCUGGGACUGCAAAUAGCCCGGUCGGUAAACCUAAAGCGCCUCCUACCUACACUGAAGUCCUUAGCCAGUUCAAGGUUGGACUGAUGCCUAAGGACUAUCCGAUGUCUCGGCUCUCGACUACCAUGAUGGAACUAGUAGAAGAGUCCAUCCUGGCUAUAGUCGUUGAUAAGAGAAAGGAACAAUUCAAGCCCAAAUUCACCAACUGCAGGUUUAGGUCCGGGUUUAUGGUAAUAGAGUGCCAGAACCAGGAAACUGCAGACUGGCUGAAAGGAAUUGUUCCGAGUAUCAAGCCAUGGGAAACAGCUGAUCUGAUGGUUGUUGAUAGUGAAUCUAUCCCGAGACCAGAAAUUUUAGCUGUCUUCUUUCCCAAAAGUGAGAAAAACGACAAUGAAACCAUAUUGGCUCUGGUUGAAGGCCAUAACAACAUUGCCACUGAUUCUUGGAGGGUGUUAAAGCGCAAGCCCAUCAAGAAUCAUGUGCAGCUUAUCCUGUCAGUAGAGGAAGCGUCAGCGAAAAAAAUCGCUGAUUGGAACUACAAACUGAAUUAUAAAUUCGGAAUUAUAUACCCGCGAAAAUCAGGGCUGGUCGAAAUUUCAAAAGCGCCAGGCCUGAAUCCACAAAUAAUGCUGUAA